AUGAUGAGUGAUGCAAGUGACAUGUUGGCUGCGGCGUUGGAACAGAUGGAUGGUAUUAUAGCAGGUUCUAAGGCCUUGGAAUAUUCCAAUGGGAUUUUUGAUUGCCAGUCUCCCACUUCCCCAUUCAUGGGAAGUUUGAGAGCGCUGCACCUUGUGGAAGACCUGCGUGGAUUAUUGGAAAUGAUGGAGACAGAUGAGAAAGAAGGCUUGAGAUGCCAGAUCCCAGACUCAACCGCAGAAACAUUGAUUGAAUGGCUUCAGAGUCAAAUGACAAAUGGACACCUACCUGGGAAUGGAGAUGUGUAUCAAGAAAGGCUUUCACGUUUAGAAAAUGAUAAAGAAUCCCUUGUCCUUCAGGUCAGUGUGUUAACAGACCAGGUAGAGGCUCAGGGAGAGAAGAUUCGAGAUUUGGAGUUUUGUCUUGAAGAGCACAGAGAGAAGUUGAAUGCCACAGAAGAAAUGCUGCAGCAGGAGCUUCUGAGCAGGACAUCUUUAGAAACUCAGAAAUUGGAUCUGAUGGCUGAAAUAUCUAACUUGAAGUUAAAACUGACUGCUGUAGAGAAGGAUAGAUUGGAUUAUGAAGAUAGGUUCAGAGACACCGAGGGACUAAUGCAGGAGAUCAAUGAUUUGAGGUUAAGAGUCAGUGAAAUGGACAGUGAAAGACUUCAAUAUGAAAAAAAGCUUAAAUCAACCAAAUCUUUAAUGGCCAAACUUUCUAGCAUGAAAAUCAAAGUGGGUCAGAUGCAGUAUGAAAAGCAGCGGAUGGAACAAAAAUGGGAGUCACUGAAGGAUGAAUUGGCAUCUCUGAAAGAACAACUAGCAGAGAAGGAAUCUGAAGUAAAAAGGCUACAAGAAAAACUGGUUUGCAAGAUGAAAGGAGAAGGGAUUGAAAUUCUUGAUAGAGAUAUUGAAGUACAAAAAAUGAAAAAAGCUGUGGAGUCUUUGAUGGCAGCAAAUGAAGAAAAGGAUCAGAAAAUAGAAGAUCUUCGACAGUGCCUGAACAGGUACAAGAAAAUGCAAGACACAGCAGUACUAGCUCAAGGCAAAGAUGGUGAAUAUGAAGAUUUGCUCAACUCUAGUUCCAUCUCCACUUUGUUGGAUGCUCAGGGCUUUAGUGACCUGGACACAAGUCCAUCACCUACUCCAGGAAUGGGAUCUCCUGGUUGUGACCCUCUUAACACAAGUGUUCCAGAAGAGCUCCACACCAGCAUCUUGCAAGUUUCAAUCCCUUCACUGCUGCCGGCCUCUAAAGGCUUGGAAACUUCUGAAAAAGCAAAAUUGCCUCCUAAACUAGAGACAUCAUUUGAAGAGAGUGAUGGAAAAAUAAUCCUUGGUGCUGAUGUUGAAACCCAACUGUGUGAUAGUUCUUUAACUUCAAGUCUACAGAAAUCCACCAGUCUGGGUAAUCUGAAGAAAGAGACAUCAGAUGGGGAAAAGGAAUCUAUUCAGAAGCCUUCAGAGAGUAAAGCUCCAGGAGAAAGUAACACGUUAGGGAGCCUUCCACCCAAGGCUCCGGGACAUAACGCCUCCAUGGAUGACAACCCCUUUGGCACUCGAAAAGCCAGAUCUUCCUUUGGCCGGGGCUUUUUUAAAAUAAAGAGUAACAAGAGGACAGCAAGUGCACCAAACCUGGCUGAAACAGAAAAGGAGGCAACUGAACACCUAGAUCUGGCUGGCAUAUCUUCUCAGCCAAAAGAUGCGCAGAGCAGCAGUCCCUUCCAGAUAUCUCCACCAUCUCCAGAUUCCAAAAAGAAAUCCAGAGGUAUCAUGAAACUCUUUGGAAAACUUAGAAGAAGUCAGUCAACUACAUUCAACCCAGAUGACAUGUCUGAACCUGAAUUCAAAAGAGGAGGGACAAGAGCAACUGCAGGGCCUCGGUUGGGUUGGUCUCGAGAUUUGGGACAAUCUAACAGUGACUUGGAUAUGCCAUUUGCCAAAUGGACCAAAGAGCAGGUUUGCAAUUGGCUUGUAGAACAGGGCUUGGGGUCCUACCUGAAUUCUGGCAAACACUGGAUUGCAUCUGGCCAAACACUUUUGCAGGCUUCUCAGCAAGAUCUAGAGAAGGAACUUGGAAUCAAGCAUUCACUUCAUCGAAAGAAACUCCAGCUGGCACUACAAGCCCUGGGUUCUGAAGAAGAAACAAAUCAUGGAAAGCUGGAUUUCAACUGGGUCACUAGAUGGUUGGAUGAUAUCGGCCUCCCCCAGUAUAAGACGCAGUUUGAUGAAGGACGGGUAGAUGGUCGCAUGCUGCAUUACAUGACUGUUGAUGACUUACUGUCUUUGAAGGUUGUGAGUGUGCUGCACCAUCUUAGUAUCAAAAGGGCCAUCCAGGUCCUGAGGAUAAACAACUUUGAACCAAAUUGUCUACGGAGACGGCCAUCUGAUGAGAAUAGCAUCACCCCCUCAGAGGUUCAGCAGUGGACCAAUCAUCGUGUGAUGGAGUGGCUUCGCUCAGUGGACCUGGCAGAAUAUGCCCCCAAUCUCAGAGGCAGUGGUGUCCAUGGUGGGCUCAUGGUUCUAGAACCUCGUUUUAAUGUAGAAACAAUGGCUCAGUUAUUGAACAUACCACCAAAUAAGACGUUGUUGCGAAGACAUUUGGCCACUCAUUUCAACCUUCUGAUUGGUGCAGAGGCCCAACACCAGAAGCGUGAUGCCAUGGAGUUACCAGAUUAUGUCCUCCUAACAGCUACUGCCAAAGUGAAGCCAAAGAAACUAACCUUCAGUAAUUUUGGGAAUCUGAGAAAGAAGAAACAGGAAGAUGGGGAAGAAUAUGUUUGUCCAAUGGAAUUGGGACAGACAUCAGGAAGUGCAUCUAAAAAAGGGUUUAAAUCAGGACUGGACAUCCGCCUGUAUGAUGAUGAUGAUUUGGACCGGUUAGAGCAGAUGGAAGAUUCAGAAGGGACAGUGAGACAGAUAGGAGCAUUCUCUGAAGGCAUUAACAAUCUAACACACAUGUUAAAGGAAGAUGACAUGUUUAAAGAUUUUGCUGCCCGUUCCCCGAGUGCCAGCAUUACGGAUGAAGACUCAAACGUUUGA